GACGUGAGUUUAGACGAAGAGGGUAUCAGAAAAUGGAUGGAGAAAUCACUAGACAUGGCGCAUGAUGCUUUGUUCAAUGGUGAAGUACCUGUAGGAUGUUUAAUGGUGUAUAAAGAUGAAGUUAUUGGAAAAGGACGGAAUUGUGUUAAUGAAACGAGAAAUGCAACAAGACAUGCAGAAAUGGUCGCCAUUGAUGAAGUUAUUGGUUGGUGUGAGAAAUCUAACCAAGUUAAGGAGGCUGUUUUCUCCAAGACUGUACUGUAUGUAACAGUGGAGCCGUGUAUUAUGUGUGCAGGAGCCCUCAGAUUGCUUCAUGUCCCACUUGUUGUGUACGGCUGUUCUAACGAGAGAUUCGGGGGAUGUGGCUCUGUGUUGAAUGUACAUAAAGAUGAUAUUGACAACCAUGGAAAACCGUUCAAGUGCAUAUCUGGCAUCUUUGCAGAGGAAGCCAUCGCUUUACUAAAGGAUUUUUACAAAGGCCAAAAUCCAAAUGCACCCAAUCCCAAGAUCAAACCUGAAAAAAAGCCAGAAUCGUUAAAGAUGCCGAAACCAGCUGACAUCAGUAAUACACAACUCCACAAUACGUGUACAAGAGAUUCAUCACACACAGCUCUGAAAUAG